GUGAGGAAGAUAGGUGGAGGAGAAAGACAAGCAAUGGCCGAUUGCUCUUCACACGCAGGAAGAUAGGUGCAGAAGAUAAAGCGCGGAGGAGAUAGUUGCGAAGACAGAAGAUAGGCGUGGAAGAAGACAUGGCGAAAGGCGGUAAGCGGUCGAUCGGUCCUCCAUCGGAGAGCAUACCGGAGGCUCUGGACGAAUGCCAGAGGAGCAUCGCCGUGUUUCAACGCCAUAUCCGAAGGCUAGUGCAAUGUAGGAAAGAACAUGGCGACAUUUUCCUGAUGGAGUUCGGGCGCAGGCUUCUUCCCCUUUUCCUGAUUAAGAAAAGAGAGCCUGCGAUUGAGAGGUUAGUGCGUUUCGUUGCAGAGUUUGCGACGUUCAGACAAGCAGGGAUGGAGGAAGAAGCGGAUGCAUUCGCUAUGGCUUUUCUUGGAUUCUUGCUGGCCUUCGUAGAGGCAAGAGAGAAGGCGGCGAGAUUUCGGGCUGCGCAACUGAUCGCGGAAAUUCUGAACCACAUGCCAGAGGAGGCAGAGCUCGCUGAUGAUCUGUGGGAGGACCUGCUCAACGUGCUAAGGAAACGGGUUCAUGACAGAUUUGCUCUUGUGCGUGUCUACGCGGUCAAAGCUCUGGCUAGACUUGUCGACCCUGGAGACAGCGGAGAUUUCGAGGGCGAUCCAACGGUUACACUUUAUCGAGAUCUCCUAGUGCAUGAGAACAGCCCGGAUGUGAGAAAGGCUGUUGUUGCUGCAUUUCCGAUUUCUGUGACCACCAUUCCGGAUGUACUUGCAAGAAUCUCGGAUGCAGAUGAUGGAGUUCGCAAAAUUGCUUUUAAGGUCUUGGCAAAGAAGAUACCACUUCGUACCCUCAGCAUUGCACAGCGGGUCACUGUCCUGAAGAGAGGACUUCAGGACAGAGUGCAGGGUGUCAGGGACGAAUGUGUGAAGAUGAUGCGGGAUUUCUGGUUGGUCAAGGAUUGCAAUGCUGAUGUCUGUGAACUGCUUCGAUUGCUCGAUGUGGAAACUUAUGAGGAAGUUGGGGAGUUGGUCCUUGAGGAGCUGUUGAAACAAGGCUUAGUCAAGGCAAAGCAAGGAAUGGGAAUCCAGCAGUAUUUUGCUUCUGCGGAUGAGGACGUCGGAGAUGCACCAGCUGUGGAAUUAGACUUGCCAGCGAACGACGGGAACACGAAUAACCAGAAGAGUGGAAGAAGGAUACUCCUGAUGGUUGCUGAGGAAGCUUUGUUCUGGCGUAUUCUGUGUACAUACCUCUACAACCAGGCGAAGGAACAAGGAAGCAGUGCAGCAGGUACGACAGGUGCUCAGGCAGAGCUGCUUGCUGCCAAUGCCACAGAGCAUAAUGAUGCAUUGGAGGGAAUUCUCCCUGCAACUAUCGCAGAUUAUGUUCAGCUGGUUGAAGCACACCUCCGCGCAGCAGCUGGAGCAACGCCCGUCACCGGCCCCGUUGCCAGCUCCUCCAACACCUCCGAUCGCCUCAAUGCAUUGGAGAUCGACUUCGGAGCCCUCAAGGACGGCGCGCAGCUACAGCAAACCGCCACACAACAACUGGAGCAGUGGAUCUGUACUGUCGCCGCCAACCCUAGUUCGACACCGUGCGAGACGACUCCGAAGUUCGAUGGUCAGGAGAUCUUCUGCGAUUCGACGAAGACGGACUCGAUUCCGUGGUUCCCCAAGUUUGAACUCAAGUUGCAGCUGCAUCACGUCAGCGAGGACAAGAAACACGAGUACUUAUACUCCCGGUCGGGGGGCGCGUGCCAAGCAUGGUUGGACAAUCUCUUGUCCAAGUACGGGGUGGUAGCUGCCGACUUGUACACCAAGAUCAGUUGGGAUGAUCUAAAGGCGGCGUGGCAUGAGCGGUUCCAAGUAGAGCCGCUGGAGAUCAAGGCAAUGGACAAAUUGCUGACCUUCGAACAAGGCAUGUUGCCGACUGUUGACUGGAUUGCCGAGUACCAACGCUUGACAUCCGUCCUAGACAUUCAGAUGGGCUUCACGGUCGUCAAACACUACUUCAUCACGAGGUCGUGUUCGACGGUGGGCAACGCCUUGACUCACGUCGAGGACACCUUGACGACAACGGCGGAGCUUUUUGACAAGGCCGCACAGAUCAUUGUCACGAACAAGGAGGCCAAAAACCUCAACCGUUUUGGGUUGGUCGUCGGAAGGCAAGGGCAAGUCGUGAAACUGAGCACCGCUGGGAGUGAAUCGACGACACUCUCGACGCCUUCGGAACCGGUCGCUUCGCGGGUGACCGUCCUUCGUUCCAAGGCACAUGCGGAAGUCGAUAGUCCUCUUCUAUAUUCUUACGAGGACUAUGCUGCCCGCCUCGUUCCUACGCUGGGUACUCAUGCUCAAGGACAAGACGUGUGUGCGGCAUCUUCUCCGUCCGGCAGCGGCGACUUAUCGUCUUCAAGUGGUUCUUCAUGGGAUUCGGUGAGCGAGUUCAACAUAGAGGUCUUGGACCCGCUCACGUUGGAGGAUUUCGCAUGGCUUCCUCUCUCGACCACGGGCCGCUUGUCGGGACCGCAAUGCGCAGCAUUAUGCGCUCAUCUCCACACGUAUCUAUCCUUCUAUGCACCACCAACUUCACCGACGGAUGACGAAGCUGCGGUGGGGGACAUCCUUGCGUAUGUUACCAAGGUGGCCCGCAAGUUUCGCAAGCAGAGGUACGAUGAUAACAAUGCACCUCUCCUCUAUGUCCGCAUCCAAGUUGGGCAAGCGUCCUGCAGCGCUUUGCUGGAUAGCGGAGCGACUCGCAAUUUCAUGAGCCAAGCCUUUAUGCAAAGGGCUGGCCUUGGCGCACAAGUUCGGAGGAAGGCAAACCCGACGACGAUCAAGUUGGCGGACGAAAGGACGCAACAACUUAUCGACCGUUACAUCGAGGCCGUACCAGUGUAUUUCGCAUCUUAUGCAUGCGAACCGGUGACGUUCGACAUUUUGGACACGGCUUUCGAUAUCAUUUUGGGAAUGCCUAGGUUUGCAAGUGUGGAUCACACGACCGUCGCGGUAGCCGACUCUUCCCCCACGGACUUCUCUGCGGACCCCCGUGUGGUGCGGUUGCUUGACGAGUUCACCGACAUCUUCGAGUUACCUACCGGUGUGGUGCCAGAUUGGCCGAUCUCUCACGAGAUCAUUCUUGAGGCCGGUGCCGUGCCGCUGAAAGGUUGCAUUUACGACAUGAGCGAUCAUGCCAAGGCACCGGAGUUGGUCGAGCUUCUCCAGAUGGCCAAGACUAUGGACUUCACCGAUGCUGCUGGUCGUAGUUGUGCUGCAGCUCUUGCUCAGAAGCUCUUGCAAGCUAGCCAGUGGGACGAGAGCUCUACUAUUGAGGGGCAAAAUAACCCAACUAGUGCAGCAUGGUGUGUUGGUGAUGGUAUUCACAUUGGUGGUGAGGAAAGGUGGACGAUGGCUAUCGCGGAAUUCACGAAACAAGUACAUGCCGGCCGAGCAGAGUUUCAGACAGUCCUAAUGAAAGCAGUAAUUGAAAUGGAGAAGAAAUGUCGCGCUGAUGGGGGGCAGAACUUUCAGAUGUGGGCAAAACUCCUGGCGGUUCUUGGGCUCUUGCUGUUGUCUACGCACUCGCUGAAGGUGCUCUCACGCUUGGAUAUAAGUCCGGCUGAAAUGUUGCGAACAAUUAUUACACCCCUGCUGAACCAUUCCGAUCCAGUUAUUUGUCGGGCAGCAGUUCGAUGCCUGGCACUGUAUUGCCACCUGGACAUUGAUGCUACACGGAAGUAUGGGCCGGUGCUUCACACCAUGAUUGCCAAUGGUGCUCCUGUAGUGAAGAUGAUGGCUGCCCGAAGUGUGUUCGAUCUGAUCUUAUGCCAUGGAAUAGCUGCUUUAGACGCACAGAAUGUGGAUGAAAGUGAGGCUACGCGGCCCACUUCAUGUGGCGCUGAACAGGCAGAGACAGAGGGCAGACGUAGGCGAGAAAGUUGUUCGGAAUCAGUGAUGUUUGGAGGCCCUCCAGCUCAGGGAUCAUUGUUGAAUAUCAUGGCAGAACACCUUGCUUGUGAUGACAGCCUUUCUGAAGAUACUGAGGCGGAGGGGUGUGAAGGGGAGGAAAGAGGAGGGAAAGGGAAACGUGCUGAUGCGGACUGGGGUCUCAAUGACACUGGAGAGGGGCUGAAGGGUUUGAUUUCUGAGGGGUUUGCAAAACUUCUCCUCUGUCAGUCCUUGUUCAAGCCAGGCGUUCUCCUACCUGACCCGGAGUUAGCAUUGGCCCGUCUCCUUAGGGUGUACUUCAGUCCAAAGACAGCUAAAUGCUCCAGGAUGCGACAAUGCCUGUAUGUCUUCUUCGAAAAUUAUGCUGUCGCUGAUGUGGAAAACCAGCGCUGCAUUGCACGAGUGUUUUUGCCUUUGUUGCGACUUGAAUGGCCAGGUGUGAGGAGAAUUGCCGCAGAUGGAAGCGUGGUCAGCACCGAGCCGAUAUCUGCGUGUGCACCGGUCUUAGCUAGAAAGAAAGCCACGGACCUUGCUCGCUUCAUGCUCUCGUUGCUGCAGAAAAGGUCUGGGAAGAGGGCAAACCAGGACGAAGGAGAACGGGCUGCAAAGGGUGCUGACGACGAUGUCAGUGGGAAUGUGGAUGACAACGAAGGCAGUGAAGUAACUCUUGAAAACAGUUGCCGUGCUGAGGACGAAGAAGUAUGUCAACAGGGCGAAGAUGUGGGCCACGAACGCCUUGCUCUUGCCCUUGCUGAGGAGAUUAUCCACUGCCCUUCACAGAAGACAGUAUCAGAGCGGCACUAUGUUGCCACCUUGGGAAAAAUCAUUCCUGCAUUGGCCUUCCGCUUAUCUCAUCAGGAAGAAAUCAAGUGCAUGAGGAAUCUUCUCCCCAGGGUGAUAGCAUCUAUAUCAGGUGAUGCUGUUGUCGUCAAGGAGUUGAAGGUGUUCGCAGGACGUUUAAGGGAUAUUGAUAAAUCUCCAUCUGAAUCACUGUCUGAGGAAGACGCCAAGACCCUGCUUCAAGCUGGGUUGAGGGAGUGCUUGGCAAUUGAAGAGGCACUGCAAACGUCCGUAAGGAAUGAUGCAAACCUCUGCCAACCAUGUGGUCCAGGAAAUAUGAACAUGGAGUCCACUCCGAUGAAGAAAAAGGGUAUGGCAGCAGCUCGCCGAAACACAGCCGCUGUCUCUGCAAGGAAACGCCCAGCGGGUAAACAACAGAAGUCUGCGCAACAAAAGAGACCAUGGUCGGAGUCUUCUUCUUCUUCUUCUUCUUCUUCUUCAGAGUUUUCAUUCUCUAAUGACGAGGAUCCUUCAGAUGAUCCAGAAGGAGAGAGCGACACCGGGAGUGAAGAAGGGUGUUCAGCAUCACCCAGCAGUGUUCAGGGAAGUUUCAAAUCACGUUCUCAGACAGGAAGUUUGAAGACACCUUCGGCAAGAAAUGUGCGGGCUGCAAGUACCAGGAAAGCCCAGACAGCACAGGCGUCCACUCCUCGUGCGCAAGCCAAUCGAAGGGGACAUCGGGAUAAUGAUGGAGACACCCAAACUACCGCGAGCGACUCCGCUGGCAAGACGUGUCACAAAAAACAAGGAACGAAAAAUAGAGGGAGGAGCCGAUUAUGCACGCCAAGUGGAACGGUUAGAACUGAGCAAGAUCAGGAUGAAAAUGCGGAUUCCCUUAGUUCCGCGCUUGAAUGCGAAAGAGCAAAGACUAACGACGAAAGGUUGUCGGCAGCAAUCAGGAGGUUGGACACUGCACAGAAACGGCUCUACACACCCGUAAGGUUAACCAGAAUCAGUGACGAAGAUGAUAGUGGUUCGGAAAGCGUGAUCGUAAAUGGUGAAAAGCAGCCGCCAUUGACAAAGAGUAAAAGGCGUCAGACUGGCAGCGUGCAGUUGCCCACACCUAUUCGACAUAUAAGGACCGACAGUAGCCAUCUGGUCGGAGACUGCUUUCAAGCGAAUCUUCCUCAAUCUGGAGCAGGUAGAACGUCGACAGUGAACCGAAGACCACAACCUGUACAACGAUCACUGCAGCUUGAAUCGGUGAGCAUGCCACGUGAAAAUGUGAACAUCCUGGAGAAGGAUGCUGACGCAGGCUACCAACAUCACAUUCCUCGAGGUAGCGCGAAAACAGGUGGGUGUCAAUCACCGCAGGACAAGAACGGCAGCUGCCAGGCGAAACACGGAGUGGGCCCCCAAGAGGACCCAAGGGAUGCUUCUGAAGGCGCGGGAAAAAAUGUUGCCAUGGGCGGGACCAGUAGCUUGCCAGCAAGUGCUGAAAGGGCUGAGCCCUUUCAAUCAGUCUGUGAGGAAGGGAACAGUGAAGGACCUCUAAGUGAAAGGCAUGCUCCGCACACUGAAGAGGAUGUGGCUUCCAAAAUCCUAUCAAAUGUGGAGCUGGAAGGUGGAGGAGGGGUCGAAGAUGAUGCACAAAGUUUUUCCCAACACCGGAGGAAGAAAACGAGUCCUCAAAAGAGUGUGUCACGUGAUGUUGAGACCAGCAAUUCCUCUCCAGCUCUGCAGAAGGAAGGGGAAGACGCACUGCAGGAAACAAGUGGGACAUCUAUGACUUUUCAGGCGGCAAAACAGAGCGCGGAUAAGGAUCCCGCAGCAAUGAACACGGUUCAGCGGGAUAAUCCGCUAAACGAAGGAAAGAGUGAUGGGUGCAAUCAGCGGAAGAGGAGGGCAUCCAUGGCACCGAAGAAGGCUUGCGUUGAACCCACAGACAGAAGGGCCUCCCUCGCGCCUAAGGGCGGAAAGGCCUCCAUAGCACCUAAGGAGAGGGGGAGCUCCAUAGAGCCUUCGGAUGCGAGAGAGUUGCCGAGUAGGACUAUGCGGACUAGGAGCAGGCAGGCAGAAGGAGAGUCAAUCCCAGCAUCGGCGACCAAGGUUCAGCGGAACAGGAGCAGGCGGAUGGAGAGAGCGGCAGAGUGCGAGUGAGGGUCAUCAAUCAACAACACUCAGAUGC